AAUGGAGGCGGCGUGAGGAAGAAGGCAGAGAAGGAAGGCGGCUUGAGGGGGCGAGACACUCUUCUUUAACGCUCAAUUUCAACGCUUUAUUCAACCCACACGCCACUCCAGACCUUAGGAAAUAAAGUAGAGAGGCUGAUAGAGGAUGCCGGCAUAUCACACUGAGGGUGAUGGGGAUCGCUACAGAGGACAUGGGCGUGGGGGCAUGGGAGGCUGGGGGGGACGGGAUAGCGGGGGGGGCAGCCGGGGUUACAGUCAUGGGGGUGGCGGGGGCCGGGGAGGGGGAGGGGGAGGCGGGAGGUACAAUGACAGGUACAGGUGGACUGCUGAAGGUGAAGGAGGAAGCCGACAAGGGCCAUCUAGAGGCUACAAGGACAACUACAGCCAUCACAGGUACCGUGAUGGAUACUCCGGUGGUGGUGGUGGUGGUGGCGGCGGCGGGGGCGGCGGCGGCGGUGGCGGCAGCAGCUCACACCACUACCAACACCACCACUCCCACCAGUCUUGGCAGGAGCGGGGCCACAGCAGCGAGAGUUACAGCAGGCGGCCAGCAGGGGACAGGCGUGGCGGCCCGGAUUUCAUCAAGUCCCUGACAGCAGAGCUCGGACACAUCAGCGGAAAGGACUCGCGUAUUGCCCUGGAUAUCCUCAAGUCGGUGCUGACCUCCGAGGCACCGAGCCGUGACCAUUGGGAUUACGGUCCGCCGGCCAGGAAGAUGAGGCGCCUCGACUGGGAUGGGGCGCGCUCUCAACACAUGCACAAGUACCCCUACCGCGAGAGACCCUACCACCCAGGCCACAACGAGUACCGGGGGCGUGGCCGGGGCGGGGCCGGGAUGGUUCCCCGCAGCCCCCACUGCUACCGCAAGAUGUCAAACUCACAGUUGAGGGAGAUGGAAAUGGCCAGAUCAGAGAUGCCUCACCCUGAAAAAAAGGAGAAAAAGGACCUGGAGAGAAAGACUUCAGGAGUAAAGAGAGUGAGAGAAGGAAACGAGGAGAAGGAGAAGGCCUCCGCAGAGGGAACUGCAGGGGAGGAGGGCACACAAAGUGAAGAGAAGAAGGAAAAGGAGACAGAUGAAGGGAAAGAGGAAACAGAGGAAGCAAAGGAGAAGACUGAGGAAGACAAGGAGGCAACCAAGAAAGACACAAAGGAGGAAAAGGAGGAAGAAACCAAGGAGAAGAAGAAGGAGAAGGAGACUACCGAGACUGAUGAAUCCCGCGAUCCCAAUAUAGUGUUCCCGCGCACCGCUCUCAAGUGCCAUAUGUGCGACAUGACCAAAUUCCCCAAUAUUAAGGCAUAUCUUAGUCACUUGGGAAGCAAAAACCACGAGCGCAUCGCCCACGUAUUCCACUCUCGCUGCGCCGCCUCCAUGGACCUGCUCAUUGCCGAGUCCAAGUUAUACAACGAGCAAGUUCACGUUCGUUGCACAAGUUCUUUCUCUCCCCAGCUGGCUAACAGGAGGAAGAGCCGGCUGAGAGGCAAGACCCGGUGGUGUAAUGAGUGUGACUGUACCAUGAGCCCCAACCCCAAGGAGCACUGCCAGUCAACGGAACACACGCUUGUGAGUCGGUACAUGGAGGUGCAGUGCUGUGGCUAUGUAUACAACCGUGCCAAUGUGGAGGAGCACCGACUGUCUAUGCGCCACCUCAAGAAUCAGAUAUCCUAUGACGAGGCUCAACAGGCCAGGAGGGAGAGGGACAAGGAGCUGCGGGCCGUGAUGACAAAGGAGGAAGAGACGGCUUUCCACAGGACGGUUCACGAGUUUAAGAAGGAGGGCAUGGAGCAGCAGAAGGAGGACGGACUGGAGGAGCUCACCACAGCCAACUUUCCGCCCCAUGACCCAAACAAACCCUUCGGCCUGGAUAUGCUGUACAAGGAGACCAGGUACCAGUGUGACCUCUGCCUCUGCAUCCUGGACAGCCCCCGCCAGGCACGCUAUCACUUCCGCUCCCUCGAACACUACCACAACAUCUGCAACAGCCUCACCGCCAUAGAGGAGGCCAAGGAGCUGGAGAGAAAGAAAAAGGAGGAGGAAGAGAAGGCAGCCAAGGCCGCAGAAGAGGAAGAGGGGAAAGAAGCAGACAAGGGGAAGACAGAGAAGACAAAAGAUGAUGCUGAAGAAGAGGAAGAAGAUAUAUCCAACAUGGAGACGGUGGAUGUUGCAGAGGAAGAUGGAGAAGGGGAAGGAGAGGAGGAGGAGGAGGAGGGGGAGGGGGAAGAGGAGGAGCACCAGGAGUUUGAAGAAGAGGCAGCUGGUGAGGAGGGUGGCGAAGGGGAGGAGGAGGAGGUAGGGGAAGGAGAAGAAGAGGAGGAAGAGCAAGAGGAAGAGGGAGGAGAGAGGAGUCAGAACAAGGCAAAUGAGGAGGAAGAAGAUGCAGAGAUGAAGGAAGGAACCGAGCAACAAGAAGGGGAAGAAGUGGAGGAGGGAGAGGGAGGGGAACAGGAGGAGGAGUACGAUGAGGAGAUGGAGGGAGAGUAUGACGGAGAGGGAGAGGGAGAGGAGGAGGAGGUGGGCGAGGGGGAAAUGGUGGAGGGACUGGAAGAGGAAGGAGAGGACUUUGAGGGGGAGUUGAACAGUGGGGACGAAGGAGAAGGCGGCGAGGAAGAAGAAGAGCAAGAGGAAGCAUAAACGGAUAAAUCAGACAUGGGGCUGGGAGAAGGAAAACAAGGAGUGGAGGGAGGGAGGGAAAGGUCACAGGUGAAUCCUACUAAGCUGUCCCAAACCUGCCCUUUCCCUUCCUUCCUCCCUCCCUUCCUAUCCUUCCCCUUUCCCCGAGAAGCCAAACCGAAUUUCCACAUUGUGUCGACGGAAUGGAGUCACCUUAGUACAUAUUUUCUGUAUGCAUUUUAUAUUCCUGUAAGUGGAUGUAUAUUUUUGUUUUGUUUCUCCUUUUCUCACCGUAGUACUUGUGUCCGAAGUGUGGGCAGAAGGAGGAGGAGGAAGAAGAAGUGGUGUGUGGAGACUAGAGGUUGACGAAGGGAAAUAUUAUGGAAGUGGUUUGGUUAAGUGGAUAUGUGCAAUGCUGAGGAGAGAGAGCAGAAGAUUAAUAUAAGAAUAGGAAGUGUGGAAGCAAGAAGAAGUACAAGGAAAGAUAGUCUGCUUGAAUAUUACAUAGAGAAGAUAAUUGGAGGACUGAGGAAGUGAAAUCAAAUAAGAACAAUGAUAUCCAAAUUGUCUGAUGAAAAGGUACAUUGAGAUUUUUAUAAGAGAAGCUGAGGGAGUAAAAUUGUAUGGAAAAUGAACCUAAGUAAUCUGAUUAAAUAAUACAUGGAGAAUCAUUGAGAAGAGAGGAAGUAAGUGGAAAAAAAAGGGAAACUAAAUGGCUAGAAUAAUUAAUAGCCUGAUCAAUAAGAGAUGUGAGGAAUUAAAAUCGAUUAGAAAAUAAGAAUAUGAGAAAUUAACCCGGUAGCUGCAGGGAUAAUUUUUCUUAAAGGCCCCUCUAAGCGAGAAAAAUGAGAAAAAAUCAUCACUCGCGCAAACCAUUCCAUAAUAUAUAUCAACGCAUUUGUGAUCAGUUAAUGCAUCGCCUAUUUUGGGGGGGUUUAUAUCAUGGCAGAAAUUUGGCCCGUCGCUGGUACAAGGUAAAGUCACAAAUUUGGCCCGUUGCUGCUACUGGGUUAAAUGAGGAAUUAUAAUCGAAUGGAGAAUAAUAAAACUUAAGUAUACCAAAUAGUAAAUAGAAAAAUUGAUAAGAGAAAUAAAGAAACCAUCAAGUUCACACUGUAAAAAAGACUAUAGAAUUUUAAGGCAGACAUAAGAUGAAUAGGCAAGGGGAUGAUACUCUGAUGUACUUACUGCAGCUGAAAGACAGAGGUGAUGACUGUACAACUGCUGAUGAGAUUAUUGGGGAGGGAGAAACCGUUUAGAAAUUAACACACGGCACAAGAGAGAUGAGUGAAGGUAGAUUCUGAGGCAGCCGUUAAUGUGCAUAGUCCACCCAAAUGCUGUUCGGAAGUCCUUAUCACAGCUGAAAGACAUGAAUGAUUGUACAGUUAGGAUUAAAAGUUGUGUUGUGAAAAGUGGAAACCCAAGACCAUGAGCUAGAUAUUUACAUAGAUAUUCAGACUGCACAGACUCUAUGGGCCAAAAUAUGUGGUCUGUCAUUGAACCUAAGUAAAAUUAUAUAAUGACACGACUUUUGUUCGUCACUGUACAACUUAAUAGGCUGCCGUGCGUGUGUCGUCCGAGGGAGCCCAGGGCACCUCCGUACUGUACAAAGUCACCGAAUGCCAAGGUUUCACUGAUGGAGGUGUGCCAGCAGCAACCAUUGAUGUAAGUGCACGGGAAACCACUGCAUCAUGAGUUUAUUUUGUAAGGUCCUUUAUGAGCAUGAGUGUAACGGAGACUCCUAUUUGUGUCACUGAUGGAUAAGCUUGGCCGCCAUGGGUUAUCUAUUUGACAUUAACUGGACUAUGAGAGCUGUCGAUAGGGUGGUGUGUGUGUGUGUGUGUAUGUGUAUAUGUGUGUGUGUGUAGGGCAGCUGUAGAUAUGAGUGUAAUGAGAGCAUGGCCAGUAGUACAAUGAGAUGUGUGUGUGUGUGUAUGCGUAUGUGACUAACUGUGUGUGUGUGUGUGUGUGUGGACAUCGGAGUCUUGGCCAAGAGGGUUUCUCCAUACUUUUGUUCCCCGGUAACGCCACGUUAAGCCAAUCAACGUACAUGCCACACGGAACACUCGUAGCUAGACGUUCUACCUUGCGUUUUGCUGCCUCGGCCUAGAGCAGAAGUGUUGCCGAGACGUUUGACGACCUUUACUUUCCGUGCGUACGACUUUUCAUCAUUUCCGUGAGUUCAGUGCACCUUAUGUAGGCGUGUGAGGUGUCUGUAACCAGGCCAACUAUAUCAGUGUAUGUGUCGGCCUGCUACGCCAUGCUGAAAUAAAAUGCUGUGAACUAG